GAGGAGGGGGAGGGAUUGGGUGUUGUCUCCUCGGUAGUCUCGGAGCUGAAGUCAGGAUCCAGAGUCCCCGUUAUUCUCAGCCUCUUCGUCCGUUCUCCUGUCUGCUGAAUCUCGACCCCCCGGAGCACCAUGGGAGUUGAAGGCUGCACCAAAUGCAUCAAGUACAUGCUCUUCUUGUUCAACUUCAUCUUCUGGCUCGCCGGAGGCGUGAUCCUGGGCGUGGCCCUGUGGCUCAGACAUGACCCAAAGACCAGUAACCUGCUGGAGCAGCAGUUUGAAGGAGCCCAGCCCCCCAGCACCUUCUACAUCAGUGUCCACAUCCUGAUCGCCGUGGGAGCAGUCAUGAUGGUGGUCGGUUUCCUUGGCUGUUAUGGCGCCAUCCAGGAGUCCCAGUGCCUUCUGGGAACUUUCUUCGCCUGUCUCGUCAUCCUGUUUGCCUGUGAGGUAGCGGCAGGAAUCUGGGGCUUCACGCACAGAGAAACGGUGGCGAAGGAGAUGAUGACCUUCUACGACUCCGUGUACGACAAGGCCAUGAGCGAGUCCCUGACGGAACGAGAGAAGAGGCAUGCGGCCGCCUCGGUGCUCAAGGUCUUCCACGAGACGCUGGUCUGCUGCGGUAAAGGACAAGGCUCCGCCUUCUACACUAAGUUCACCGACCUCUUCGGAGCGACCGACUUCUGCCCGUCUGCUGGAACCAUGGUGGACUGCCACCAAAGGAUCAAGGAUCUGUUCUCAGAUAAGAUUUAUCUGAUCGGGAUCGCCGCUCUUGUGGUCGCUGUUAUCAUGAUCUUCGAGAUGAUCUUCAGCAUGGUGUUGUGCUGCGGGAUCCGUAACAGCCCGGUGUACUGAAGCAUCCAAUCAGGCGUGGGAUGAAGGAGGGGCGGCGUGUUUUUAUUCUUAUUUCCUUUUAUAAGCAGGAGAUGUCACAUGUAUUGCUUGCUGGAUUUAGUUAGCUCUGUGAGAGCGUGUAAACUCCUCCAUGGAGCCUUUAAUGACACUGUCUAUGAAGUUUUAUGUUAGUCACAUGCUGUUCUGCAUAUUUAACCCAUGCUAUGCUAACCUCCUAGCUAGAGACUAUAUCAGCGCUCACCUCUGACCUCUGUUUCUCUUUCUAUUCUGCUUUUAUGGAUGUUUUUUCACUGUUGUAUGUAUAAACUGUAUAUAAAUAUCUAUAUUAACAGUGCUUUAUGACUGCCUGAGCAUGGAUGUUGAAUUACACUCUCUGCUUGUUCCCGUUCCUCCAGGCCCAACCAGACCACGCAGAUUUACCGUUAGCGUCCCCGCCGCCGUGCCGCUGUGCGACGUAUGCAGGAGACGGCGGUGCAAGGCGUUCCCCCGCUGCAGAAAUCCUUAAAAACUGUAUUUUUCUCUCAGGUUGACUGAUUCCUUUAGGUUUAAAGACAAAGCAUCAAAAUAAAAAGGACAGAAAUUCAUCCUUCGAUCCGUUUUAACCACGACGGCGAAUCAGAGCCGCUCUGAAAUAAAAACAAAGAUGACGGUCUUUAAUUCUCUAGAGACAAACUUUACAGUUAAAAGUUUAGAAGAAAUUUAUUUAAGUUUGAAAAUGUUUCAAGUUAAAAGUCUAAAUUUACAAUUUAUAAAAAUUAAGCAAUUCACAAGGAAAAAACUUUUCUUGUUUAAAUAAAAGUUUCCAAGUUUAAAAGUCUUAAAAUUACAAGAAAAAAAAAUAAUAAUUUUGAAGAUUGAGAGUCAUACAUUUACAAGACUUAAAAAAAAAUUAACAAGUUGAAGAAGUUGUAAAUUUUAGAUUUUUUUUUUUUUUUAACUGAUAACUGAAGUCAGAAAAAUCUGAGAAUCAAAAUUCAUAAAUUAACAAGAAAAGAACUAAAAUUUUAGAAUGAGUGAGUCAUGAAUUUAAAGUUUAAACAGUUGGAAAUUUAUAAGAUAAAAAACAGAAUGUUCUAGUUAAAACGUUAUAAAGAGCUUAAAUGUUUUUAAAAAUGAGAAAUUUCAACCCUGGAGUAACGACCAAUCAAACACCACGGUCCAGUAAACGUCUAAACGGCGUUUUCCUCGUGGUUACAGUCAGCUCCGUUCCUGAUUGGCUCUUGCCCGUGCCCUGUUUAGUCCUCAGAGAGCGUGCUCAGCGGUCUGGUCCCCUCACACCUCAGGAGUUCUGGCCUUAAGAAUAAAAACCGGUUUAAUCUCUUGAGCCUGGAUCAGGUCAGAGACGAGUCUGGUGGGUUUCAGCUCCUGAUUGUGUCUGGAAUCUUCCGGAAUCUUCUGUGGCGUGUUCCCUCGUCUGGUUGGGUCUCAUCCUGUCUCAUCGUCCCGUCCCGGCAUUGUCCCAAAGCGAACUAACCUCCUCGUCGCCAUGGUUCACGUAACGGUUGACCCUGGGUUUGCACUAACUCUUCUACUGUCCCGCUAACGCCGCUGCAGUCUGACCCUGAAGGCGAUUUGAAGGAGCAGACACGGUACCAUGUAGACUGAACCACGGGGGGGGGGGCGAGGACUUCCUGUCCUCAGUUCUUCCAUGUUUAAAUCAGCCUGAAGCAGAAACUCUAAAGUCUGGAAGCUCUGAGACUCUGAUGGUGGAUCUGUGACCCGGACCCAGACCUCAGCACGCUUACAGCUGUCAGAUGAGCGGACACGACGACGCUCCUCUGUCCUCCUGCUUUCUUUAUCAAUGCAGGAGUAGUUUUCCUCACUUAUUUAGGAUCAGCCGGACCUGAUAAGAAGAAAAAAAACUAAGCACUGUCUUUAAACAGGACGUAGUUUUGACUAAAAUAUGACAUGAAUAUAUUUUUUCAAGACAUUGCCAGAAAUUUAUGUAAAAUUACCAAAACCCCAUGAAAAUUUCAUGAAAUUCCUGCAAACUUUUAAGCAAAGUACCCAAAAUUUCAAAGCAAAUUUCACUUAAAAUUUCUGAGUAAAUUCCCCAAAAUUUCCACAUAAAUUGCACCUGAACUCCAUGGAAAAUUUCCCGGAAAAAAAAAAAAAGAAAACAUUCAAACAAAGUCCCUAAAAUUCCAUGAAAAUUCAGGAAAAUUUUGAGGGAAGUUUCCAAUCAAAGUCCCAAAACUUAAAAAACAUCAGCUCCAUGUAAAACUACGGGUAAAAUACCCCACAAAUAUUCCCAAACAUUUUAGGUAGUCUUUCUGGGGAUAAACAUAAAAAUUUCACCAAAAAUUCCAAUAAAUCCUUAAAAAUAUUUCAGGAAAAUUUCCCUAAAUUUUAAACCAAUCAUCACUUAACAUUUCAAAUCAAAUUUCCCAAAAAAAUGCAAAGAAAGUCCAUCCUAAAUCUGUGGAAAAUGCCCCCCCAAAAUCCUCCAAACAUCCAAACAAAAUCUCCAGAAUUUCAUGGAAAUUCAGGAAAACUUUUGAAGGAAAUUCCCUUCCCAAAUUUCCAAUCAAAUUCCCGAAAUUCCUGAAAGACAUCCCAAUCAAACGACUAAAACUUUAUUAAUACAAAUUUUAAAGCAGAAUUUAUAACUGUGUUGUAGGAAAGCCUCAUGCCCUAAUGUGUGCUCGCAGGCUCUCAGGAGGUUAUAACCGCAGCGUGUUACGCCCUGUUACCAUCCAUGAGGUGGGCGAGUCUUCGUGGUUCUGUGUCUGCUCCUGGACGCCCAGUCCUGCCCUCUCAGGCUGAUGGUAGCGCUGACUUCUGUCCUGUUUGGCGUGGGACAGCAGUCGCACCAACAGCUUUACCUGCAGGAUCUCACCGCCAGCCGACCACGGCGUUCUCGCUCUCUCACUAACACGGCCCCACAGCCAUCCCUGACGCCCUCGUUCUUCACUAACUCCUCGUUAAACUCGUGCUAACGGAGAACCAGUCCAAGUGUCUUGUAGUCCUCACAGCUGGAUUGUUCUGAACCAUGAUGCUGUAGAGACCAUGUAUGCCUUUCUCCUCCUGUAUUGUGAUGUCGUGUCUGGUACGUCCUAAAGGGAGUCUGCACGGAGGGGGAGGGGCUUGUUUUGUGGCGGUGUGGGCCAGAGGAAGUCCAACCUUGACCCUGUCCACAACGCUGCCUUUUGAACACGCUGCCACUUAAAUUUGACCCCUCUCAGCUCCUGUAGACUUUGGUUUGCCCAGAUAUAAAGGGAUUAAAUGUUCUUUACAGAUAAA